UGCAACGGCCUCAGUUGCCACAGCUGCCUCCGCACGUUCUUCCUACUCGCAACCCAGAACGAAAAAUGCAUGCCGCCUCGAUGCUGCGGGAUGGCUAUUCCUCUCGCCAUCGGUCGACAAGUGCUUACAGGCACCGAGGUAGAGAUAUUCAAAGAGAAGCAUGAGGAAUGGAAUACUGCGGAGCGGUGCUAUUGUCCUGUUCCUAAAUGCUCGGCUUUCUUGGCCCCGCGGCUGUUUCCGGGGCUGCGUGCGUCUGUGUCAUCGAUGCAAGAGGACGAGGAGUCUGUUAUCAGCUGUCCGGAGUGUGAUGUUGCUAUCUGCACUACUUGUAUUCAAGUUGCUCAUGAAGAGCAGGUAUGUGCUAGGGACGAUAAUAUCACACCAGAGUUAGACCGGGCUUUGAAGGAGGUCGGUGCAAAGCGGUGCCCCAAGUGUCGCACGGCGGUGGAAAGGGACGACGACGACGACGACGCAUGCAACAGUAUGUGCUGCCGCUGUGGCGCGAAAUGGUGCUGGCAUUGUCUCCGGGACGUCGAAACAUGCGAAGGA